AUGCAAGAUGACAUUCACGGAGGUGAUUUCGUCCCUCAACCACGCAAGCUGAUUAUCGUCUUGGAGAAUGCUUCUCUAGAAGCAGCACAAAUCUACCCUUCCAAUUUUAAUAGAAAGAUGCAGCUUCUCAACUGUGACGAGCACCAGUCAAUUCUAAAGAAGUUUGGAAGAGACAUUGCAGAAGCACGCCCUGAUAUUGUUCAUCAGUGCUUAUUAACACUACUUGACAGCCCUUUGAAUAAGUCCGGUCACCUUGAAGUUUAUAUUCACACUGCAAAAGGAGUUGUUAUUCGUAUCAAUCCCGAGUGCCGUAUACCCAGAACAAUCAAGCGUUUCUCUGGCCUAAUGGUUCAAUUGCUCGAAAAACAAUCGAUUCCUAGUAACGUCAAAGGAGAGAAAAAACUACUGGAAAUUCUCCCCCCUCCACUGGAACAAUACUUACCAGAGAAUACAAAGAAGAUUUCUUUGUCAUGGAAUGCGCCCAAGGUCAGACUGUAUAAAUAUUUCAAGCAACUUCCCGAUGAUCAAUCAAUCGUUGUGGCUGUUGGAGCCAUGGCCAAAGGACUUGACACAUUUGCUGAUAGCUAUGUUGAUGAAAAGAUCGGUAUCUCCGAGUACUCACUGUCAGCUUCGGUUGCGUGUGGAAAGGUCUGCUGUGCUCUUGAGGAUCUUUGGGGUGUGAUGUAG